UUGUUUCAUCCCUAAUAUGAAGUAGUAAAACAAGACAUAUUUUUUGCAACAUUUUUAAACGAAAUCGACCAGACUGCGAUUGUUUGGAUACAUUUGAAGCCCCCCAGCGACUGUGACUCUCUCUUCCUCAAAACAAACGAAUCAACAUGGUUGUUGGACUUUUGCUGCGCGGCGGUCUGCUGGCCGGAACCGUCUACUACACACGCAAGGUGGGCAUCUGGGGCGACUCGGACCAGACGGACAAGAUCUACAACAACGUGAAGUCGGAGCUGUGUCCGCAUGUCCAGAAGCUGCAGAAGCAACUGCCCUUCGAAGUGCCCCAGUUGCCGAAAACCGGCGAGAUGCGCUUCCUGGCCAAACAUUACUACAACGAGGGCGUGAAGAACACCUUCCGCUUUAUCCACAUGCUGCCCUGCUACGCGGGACGUGGCCUCAAGAAGGUCAAGGAUACGUUCCAGGACUUCUCCAAAUCUCCUGCGAUUACCGGCGAACAGGAAUCCAAUGCGGCGAAGUAACUUAACCAACUGCCCUUCAAUGGCAGGCUGUUUUCGUGUUAGCUCAUAGUUAGCCUACUGAAUAAUGUUGUAAUGUGUCGUUAUUCCCCGAUCCGCACGAGAGUGGAUCCGCGACUAUAAGAUCUGUUCUCGACGUACUGAAACGUAUCGAACUGGAACUUCCAGUUUAGAAAUAAACAAAUUUACGUGGUAAGCGGUAAGAUCGCUCUGAAA